AUGCAGAAAUACACAGAGAGGAACAACCUGGGGUGGAAAUGCAAGGAAGUACCUCGAGUUAAGGUCGUGGGACGGUACGUAUCCCUAGCAGUGGGUAUAUCUCAUUGGGCGAGGCUUGACAAGAUAGCGGGAUGGGAGCACUGUCCAGGAGAGCACAGCGCACUUAGUGAGACUUCGCUGCUCGCCUACAAUUUGCCAUUAAAACUCAGAUGCGAAAGUCACAGGCGCUUCGUCCGACUGACUGCCUAUGUUGCUGGGAGCUUCCCGGUGGAUAGACUGCUAAGUACUCUGCUAUGUCGUAAUUAG